AGAACAGAGCUAGUUUAGAUCUUGAAGACAGAAAUAUUGAUAACAUAUAUAAUCAGAGGAUUGUUGGUGCGACUUUUCUUGAGUUAACUCAAGAAGAUCUUACAGGGAUGAGAAUUCUUCUUGGACCAGCAAAAAAAAUCGUUAAAUUGAUCAAAGAAAUUCAAGGAGCAGGCACUUUAAAAUCACCCACCAGUAUUGUGUCCAUUUUUGUGGACAACUCAAACUUAUUUAUCAAAGAAAAGUUUACUGUAGGUCGAUUAGAAUCCGCAGGCACCUUUGAUCAAAAAAGAAAUUCCCACUACCUCAACCAGCUCCAUAUUGACCAUGGUCGUCUUCUAUCAGCGGUACUGAACGGACGACAAAUGGGUAGCAAUCUGAUUAUUGUCGGCUCUCGUCCACCACCGAACGAUUCGCUAUGGGAUCAGAUUGUAAGUCAAGGUUAUGAUGUAGUCGUGUUUGAUCGAAAUAUAGAAAAUAAAGAAAAGAAAGUUGAUAUGGAACUAGGUGCUUCUGCAAUGGAUGUUAUCUGGACUAGGGAUCCUGGUAUAUUUGUUUUAGUUUUUGGAGAUGGUGAUUAUUUUCCUGUAGUAAAACGGACUCUGAAUCAUAAUUGGAAGGAGUAUCCGGUGAUCUCACGGAAUGUUCCUCCUCAUUCUAUCCUUUGGAUAAUUACUAUAAAUACUUUACAUAUGCAUAAGAACAAGACCCCGUUGGGAAAAAUCAUAUCCUUGAAAUAA